GUUGGUGAUGACUCAAUGUGCGGCUCCCGAUCUCGAGGCAACGAGUGCUUAUUUAGUGACUGGACGAUCGGAGAUCGCAGCAGGCUCACCACAACUGGAAACUGGAAACUGAAAAACUCAAAAACUCUAAACUCGAGACAUGAGACACUUCUGGCUGCCGUUUUGGUUGUUUGGGCUGUUUGCUCAGCCACUACAGAACCGAAACCUGGAGCCAAAAACUCCCGCGAUUGGGACCGCAAAAUGAGCGCUGAAGUGGCGCAGACAAUUCCCGGCUCCAUCUCCAUCUCCAACCCCAUCUCCCCAUCUCAAGUGCAGCAAGAUGACCAAGUUAAUUUCGAGACGGGAGGCCCCAUCCAGACCGCGGAGUGGUUAUCAAUGGGGGUCUGCAGCUUGGCGGCGUCUGCGGCGAUGAGACCAACUGGUAGCCCUCUAAUUGAUAUAGCUAAAUGGCCGUCUAUGUUGCAGGUUGCACGUUGCAAGUUGCACGUUGCUUGUUGCUGGAUUGCUGGCUUGCAGGCGGUUGAAGGCUGGAGGAUGAGGCCUAGAGACAUGUUUCAUGUCGCCAGCGUCUCGAGCAACAGUUCCUGCUUUUGGACUCGUCCUCGACUGAUGCCGUUCUUGCUCCGGCUGCUGCUGCUGCUGAUGAUGAUGAUGAGGCCUCAAACUCCUUCUUUGCCCCUUCUGGUGGACGUGGCUCCUGCUCCUCCGGCCCCACCAUCCAUUCUCGUAUCGUUUUGCCAGCAUUGCGCGCAUAUUUGGCGUCAAUAUUAAGUGAAACUGAUGGAUGCCUGAAGGCCCAACAGGCCUCCUAAGUGCACAGUGAGAAAAUAUGUAUAUGAAAGAAUCAAAGUAUGUGACUUACUUUCAGAUUAGAAAAUGCAUAAGCUGGAAGACUUCCAAACGGCAUCACUUUCAAUUUCUCUUCUCUUUUUUCCUGCAAUAAAUACUAUUUAUUUAUCAA